AGUGGGCAUGAACCUAAAGUAAAGAAUUUGGUGCGGCGUCCAAAACGUGAUGGGCUUCCUGUAAUCGUCAGAUUUGGGAGACCCAUCGGUUAUCAUCUGCCGUCCCCUCCACUCCACAUGGAUCCCAGUGGCAGCGAGCUGGACUCCAGUCUCCCGCAGCCCGAGAACCCGUGCCUAAUCGUAGAGGACUCGCAACCUGAUAGCCUAGCUCCAGAGGACGACCCGGAGAGCAGCUACCGCGCUCUGCUCACCAAACGCCUGUCCAACCUACAGCCUCACGCCCCGAGUCCCGUCCUGGAGCUGAUUUCCUCUCCUCCUCGAGACCGACUUUCACAGAAGGACAGCCAAGCCAGUGGGAACCACAACAACCACUCCGCCUCUCAAGAGCCAGACCAAAGCUUGGAGGCCCACGAAAGCAGUCCAGUGUUUGACAUUGUCACAUCAGGUGACACCAAAAGGUCUGAUAUGGAGGAUGUGGAGUCAGGAGCAGACUCCACCACUUGUGCUCAGACUGAAGGGAGCAUGUCUCAGUUUGGGUUACUGGAGCUGUCAGAGAGCCAGGGAUUCCAGGACGAGCCGCAGAAGAGUGACAGUGCAAAGACAACAGGAAGGAACUCUCAAAGCCAGGAUUUGAGAAGGUCUGAGGUGAGCUCCAGCAGCAGGGAGAGCCAGAGGUUGAGUAUCCAGGCCCUGCUGCACUCUCAAGUCACAGAGGGCGAGGACCUAGUGUCAUCUCAGGAGGACAUGUUCGAAGAGGAGGAGGGGAAAGCAGGGACUCGUGUUGACAGCACAGUGAAUGAAUUGGGCAACCGCUCAAUGCCCACCUCCACCCCAGCCAACAGCCUUCACCUACUCCACCUGUCUGGCCAGGGCACUUUGGUGCAGGAGAGCCUCUCCCAACAGUCUGUGGAUUUUGUGGCGGCCACACAGGAGAGGAUGAGCCAGACCCCCUUCAUAGUGCCCAGCUCCCCCACUGGAGAUGAACCAAUGGACAUCUCCAAAGCUGAAGAUAACCAAUCACAAAGAGGAGAGAAACCCAAAGGCAGCAGCGCUGUUCCCAAGCCACGCCCCACUUCUACCCCAGUAUCCCAGAAUUCUCCUGGUUUUGUGUUGGACAAGAGUUUAUCUCUGCCCAGCCAACCGGAGUUUUCUCAUGACAUAUUUGUGGCCACCCCUAGUCUGGAUCAGCCGACUGUUCGAGCCGACGGGCCGUCCUCCUCCCAGACCCAGAACUCCCCUGCAGCUGUGAAGACCCUGUCCACUAAACUGAGCCCCACAUCUUCUCCUCGCAACACUCCUGCUGCUGCUUCGCCCAAACACACGCCUGGCCCGGCCAAAGUGGCCCAGGCCCCUCUGUCCACCUCCUCCCAGGCCCCAGAGAUGGGAGCGUCCUUCCAGCUGGAGCUCUCCUCCACCAGCCAGCCCAGCGUCUUCUUCCAGAAGACUCAGAGCUUCCUGGAGGAAGCGGACGAGGACAGCCAGGCCACGCAGAUCGAGGAGCUGGCCACGGACGGGGCAGCAGCGGGGGUGGACACCAGUGACGCUGGGCCAAGUCGUGCUACCAGUGCUGCUAGCCAGUCUAGUGCCUCCGGUGGUGGAGUAGGGACAUGCGGUGUGAGACCCGGUGCUGGGGGCGUAGGGAGGGAGAUCUCCAGGUCUCAGCCGGAUCCGCACUCCAAGCCCACCUCGCAGAAUGUGAAUGUAGGCCGUUCCCUGAGCCAGGGCUCGCCGAACCUGAACCGUGCCAAACCCUCGGGCGGUGGUGUCUCCCAGUUGGGCCGGGUGGAAAGCACGGCCGCCGCUAAGCCUUCUCCCAGCCCUGCUGAUUCAGGGGUGGUGCCUCCUAGCUUGCCUACCCAGUCGCUCUCGCAGUCCAUGCUGUCUGUUCACUCCGCUUCACGGCCUGUCGUUGACAGCCAGAGAUCCCAGCCCAAGUCCCAGUCCCAGACCCAGGCCAGCAGCCAGGCAGCCUCCCAGAGACUGAGCCAGCACAGCCAACCUCUGUCUCAGAAGUCCCAGGCUUCUGGCCACAGCCAAGGCAAAGGGAGAAACGUGCCUGUGCUGGAGGAGAUGGUAGAGACCGAUAAACUAAGGGAGGAGGAGAAUGAGAACGAGAGUGUGGUUGGAACCGGGCCGGGAGCCUCGAUGGGACUCUGCCUGGCUCUCUCUCAGAGUCAGAACUUUGACCUAGAGCCCAUGGAGGAGGAGGAGGAGGACGACCAGGACCAGCUGGAGACCCAGCAGCUGGUGCCCGGUCCUCAGCACAUCAAAGCGGGCCAAGCCAGCGCUGGGGGUCCCUCUAGUUCACAGAGGAGCCAGAAGGCGAGCCAGCAGCUGAAGGAGAAGGACAGGGGGCUGACCGCAUCACAGCCCUCUCCAGGCCUCAGCAGCCCAGAGCGGAGGAGAAGGGAGCUGGAGAAGAGCCUGUCCCCAGGGAAGGGCUCGCUCUCUCAGCCUGAGAGGGGCUCCAGAGCAGACCCAGGGCCCCGCCGCUCCCAGUCCCAGCUCCUGAGCGACAGCUCCGGGGAUAUUCCCUUCCACUUUACGCUACCUAAAGAGGGGGAGCUCAUCCGGCCUGUUGUCACGGCGACUCCCCCGCUCCUCUCCCAGUUGAAGAAGACGCCCAGGCACAGCACUCCCAUUGAGAUGACCUCAUUCUCCGAGGCGUCGGAAGGGGACGUCACCAGGGAGCCCACCAUGGCGGACAGCGACAUCAUGGCCGAGGAGAGCGUGGAAGAGCCGGCCGCCACCGCCGCCGCCGCCGCCGAGGCCUCUGGGAAACUGAGUCUGCGCAUGAAGCUGGUGACCCCGGUGGAGGAGGGGAGCUCUGGGUCGGAGCGCUUCAGUCUGCAGAAACCCCCAUUAUCAGAUGAUGAUGGCUCCGUUGUCAAGGCUACCGCUGUUGCCAAGGCAGUAGCUAGUCCGUCUGUGUUCAGCCGUGUCCGUGAGGCCCACAGGCAGGAGGAGGCUGAAGGGGAGGCCCAGUCCAGCGCUGUCUCUGCUCCUCUCAGUGGAGGUUUGUUUAACUCUUCCCAGAGGCGGGGCGGAGACUCUCAGGACUCCGAGUCGAGACCACGCCCCCUGAUUACCAGCACCCAGAACAGCCAGGAAGCCCACCAAUCGCAGCCCCUCUCUCCCGCGUCACAGAGGUGCUCCGUGGGCAACGGAACCCUGGGGCGGCUCUCCCAGCAGGCCAACGGGGCCGCGUCCGAGAGUCCAGUUAAGCACGGCCCCACCGGGACGCCGCAGGGAGACGCUGGCCAAUCAGCACAGGGGGGUGGGGCAGAACUGACCCCGCCCAGAACCCCCCUGAGACAGCGGGCCGUGUCCCAGCAGACCAGCUUUGAUGUACCUGCCUCUACCAGCAACACACCCAAUAAGUCUCACCUGAGGGCUGUUUCUCAGCAGACCAGCUUUGAUGCAGCAGGAGCACACAACUCAUCUGGCAGAGGGUUACCGGAGCUAUCCCCUCCUCGUCCCCCUCCGGGAGUACGCAUGCGCAGGCAUGUGCGCACCACCCAGGAAGUGCGGACUACAGUCACGCGCAUCAUCACAGACGUGUACUACGAGGACGGACGCGAGGUGGACCGGAAGGUCACAGAGGAGUCGGAGGAGCCUGUGGUCGACUGCCGCGUGCUAGAGAGUGACCUCUCGCCCUCGCGCACGGGCAGCUCCAUGACCUCCGGUGACCUGGCGGACAUCAGCUCCCUCUCGUCCAAAGCCUCCAGCCUGGCCCACAGCAGCUCGGGCAGCAUGGGGACGGGCGUCGGGUCGGGCACCAGUACAGGCAGGCACCCAGACUUCAUCAUGCCCACGGGCCGCGGGGCUGGCAAGUCCGGGAGCCCCAGGAGGGGGCGCAAGCAGUUGCAGCGGCCUGUCUCUGAGCAGGCCAAAGUGCAGGGGUCGCGCCCUUUGACCCCGGUCACACCUCGUGGCCGGUCACGGCGAGGCAGACCCCCCUCACGCAGCCCUCAGAGCAGGGGCGGUCGGGCGGGAGCCAACAACGUCCAGCGAGGAGGACCGUUCUCCUCUCCAGAGGAGGAAGAGGAGCGCUACACCCGUGUCACCUCCAGGGGGCGCACCGCAACACCCCCUCCGGGAACCUCCGGCCGCUCUGGGGGGUCCUCGUCCGACAGCAGCCUGGUGGGUCUGCGGGUGGUGGCCAAGUGGUCCUCCAACGGCUACUUCUACUCGGGCCGCAUCACCAGCGACCUGGGAGCCGGAAGGUUCCGGCUGCUCUUCGACGACGGCUACGAGUGCGAGGUGCAGGGCCGAGACGUGCUGCUGUGUGACCCCAUCCCCACGGAGACAGAGGUCACCGCAAUAUCUGAGGACGAAUACUUCCUCACUGGUGUGGUGAAAAACCACAAGACGGUGGGGAGGGAGCUGCAGUACUGUGUGGAGCGGGAGGGCCAGCAGCAGUGGUACAGCAGGGCAUCGGUCAUCCUCUCCAUGGAGCAGGGCAGCCGGCUGAGGGAGCACUACGGCCUGGACCCCUCCGAGCCCCUCACCCCCCUCACCAAGGCGGCCGACAUCAGUCUGGAUAAUCUGGUGGAUGGGAAGCGGCGUCGCCGUGGCAACACGGGGCCAGAAGUCAACACGCCAAAUCGGAGCGGCAGCCCACGGACCCCCGGGCCUUCUGGGAAGAGGAAGCUGAUGAGCUCCACUGAGGAGGAGCGUGCAGAGCCAGCACCCGCCAAAAGAGGGCGCAAGGCUGGCCCCAACAAAGCCGGUUCGCGUGCUGCUGCAGCUACGGCUGUGGGCAACACCUCGGGAAGUGAUGCUGGUGACCAGCGGGCCAGCCACGGUGCACGUGCGGGUGCAGGUACGGGCGUGUGCAACACCUCGGGCAGCGGCACAGACGUGCCCUCUGACCCCAGUGACCUGCUGGCGAGCCACGGGCCGCUCCCCGCCAGCGACUCCCUGUUCAUGGGCUUCGCCUUCCUGCUCACGGCCUCCUCGGUGAACGACCGCCUCUCCAACCUGGUCACCAGCGACGAGGAGGAAGACUACCUGCCGACAGCUCCCUAUAACAAGCACUACAUCGUCAGCCAGCUGGAGGCGGGAGGGGGCCUCGUCCUGCCCGACUUCAACGAGGAGCAGUGUAAAGCGGCCUAUCAGAGCCUGCUGAUCGCGGAUCAGCACUGCCGGACCAGGAAGUACCUGCUGUGCGUGGCGAGCGGCGUGCCGUGCGUGUCCAAUGCGUGGGUGCGGGACUGCUGCCUGGAGCAGAAGCUGCUCAACUACAGGAACUACCUGCUGCCCGCUGGCAUGGGGCCCAGCCAGCGCGUCGUAGAGUGGCAUCCACGCUGCAGCCCGUUUAAGAGCCUGAGGGUCCUGCUGGUGUUCGCCGGCUCAGCUGAGCUGUGGGGGGAGCUGCUGAAGCUGAGCGGAGCGACCAGCGUGAAGCAGGAGAAAGGACAGGAAGACACCGACAUUCCAGCCGACACGUUUGAUGUGAUGGUGACUGAGCGGUCCUGUCCCUCGGCGGUGGUGAAGCGUGCCAGCUCCCGCUCCCUGCCCGUGGUCUCCCUGGAGUGGCUCGUCCAGAGCCUGAUCGUCGGAGAACGCCAGGACUAUGCCAGUGAUCCCCAGUAUCGCCACGACUACGACCUAUGAACUUCUGAACUACUGUAAACCCCUUCCCCAGACUACCACCACUCCCUAUCCACCCCACUUAACUCAACAUCAGCUGCUCUUUCGAAUGUGUUCAACAGUGUCUUGGAGAGGUUACAGCCCUGCUGGCCUAGGAUCAGUUCAUGUAUUUUCAUCCGUAGUGCAUUGUGAUGGGGUCGGGUCAUAGAGGCCUGAUCCCAUAUUAUGCUCUCAUGUUCUGAGAACCUUCUUUGUGAGAAUGCACUGGGGUGUUAGCGGUGGAGCAUGUCUCAUGUACAUAGUUUUAACCUGUCUGUUUUUAUGCCGUAAUAAAUUGUGAUCUGUUUCAUUUUUA